AUGAUUGGUAUCGAUCAGUUGUUUGAUUGGACCAACAUGACUCCGCAAAUGACAUUACCAUCCGGAUUUCAUGUAAUCCCUACUACACUGGGCAAUAUAAUAGCAGGAUCAGGUCAACUGGGACAUAAUGCAGUGAAGAAAACAACGUGUACUGCUGCAGUUCUGUUGUCGGAGGAAGAUAGUAUGCAACAGUUUUGGUCAUUAGAGGGCAUUGGUAUAACAGAUAUGGACAAUAAAGAAGAUGACGAAGUGGCGUACCAGCUUUUCAAAAAUACAAUUACAAGAAAUGCUGAAGGAAUCGAUUGGGAUCGUCGCGAAGAUUUGAUUGUGUUGCGAACUCCCGUACUGCCUAUGGCUGGAGCAACCAAGAGAGCAAUUCUGAGUGUCAUUGCUUCAAUCUAUGAUCCAUGUGGAUGGAUGUCUCCGAUUACGGUGCCAAUAAAACACUUUUUACAAGAACUUUGGGCUAGCCGGACAGAUUGGGAUCAAACACUGAAUGAAGAGCAAGAGAGA